CCCCUGUCCGUUCGACCGUCAGGAUGUACAGACUUCUGGUAGUGUGCAGCCUGACGCUGGCCGCCGGCGCCAUGCGGUUCUCGGGCGACCCCGCCGCGGCCGCCAUCUUGGCCGAGACGCGCCAGCUGAACGCCGACGGCAGCUCGGACGUGGCCUACGCACAGGAGGACGGCGUGCUCUUCAAGGAGACGACCAGCAAGGACGGUGAGCGCCGCGGCUCCUACGAGUACGUCGGCGAUGACAACAAGAAAUACCGCGUCGAGUACGUGGCCGGCGCAGGCGGCUUCCAGAUCGUGAGCAGCACGCACGUGGACAAGACGCCGGACCAGCCCCGCUCGGCGCCGCAGUCGGCGCCAGCACCGCGGCCGGCCGCCAGCCAGCCGGACGCGUGCCAACACCAACACCUUCAACAUCAACUACGACCUGAGCCAGCCGACGGCGGCGCCGGCCGUCUUCGCGCCGGUCACGGCCGCCACGACAACGACCACGACGACGACGCGCCGCCCCGUCCGCAAGAACUUCCACACCGGCAAGGUGUCGCUGGAGCGCAACGACAAGGGCUACGUCUACAGCUACACCCACAACGGCUGAGCGCUUCGCUCUCCCACUCUCUUCCCCUCUCUCUAAGCACGACGCGUUGUCGUCGAUCUAGUCCAGGGUGGGCGCCGCGCCUCCGGCGGUGCCAGGGCCGUCCGUUGCGGUCGGCUCCGGGCCGCCCCCGGCGUGGCGGUGCCGCGUCAAUGCUAAUGGGGUCGCUCACGCUUCGCUGCCUUGUUCGUCAGAGGGCGUCACGAUCUUCUGUCAGGUGGCGUCCAAAGUCUUCCGCUCUGGCGGAGCGCCGAGAGCCGCGCUGCCUGUGUGGUGGCUACGCCUGUCCAGUGUUUCCUUUCAAGUGCUCAGUACUGCAUCGCUGCCGAUGCUCCUUGUUGUUUUGUCUGCCUGUGGUAUGUUGUUGCUCCUUUCCCUCUCACUAUCAUGAGCAUCGAAUGUGUUGUCUCGCGCAUUAAAGAUAAAACCAUGUCCAUAACAGUGAUUAUUACGAGUGCAUUCUGCACCAUUAAAAAUAAACCAUAUCCACAAUAGCAA